AUGGCCACCUUUGCGACGCUCCCGGGAGAUCUGCUGACCGCCAUCGCGAGCUACGUCGACGGGCCGCAGAUCGUCGUCGCCGUCGCGGCCGACGGCGACGCGCGGGCCGCCCUGCGCCGCGGCGUCGACGCGGCCGAGGAAGCUCUGCGAGGAGUGACGAUACGCGAGGCCGAAUUUUUAUUACUGCACUCGUACCACGUGCAGGCCGCAGCGCUCUCCGACCGGCAGGCCGCGGGCCUUGUACUCGUGGAGAACGCGGCUGGCUACUAUUUUGACAGCGACAUUAUACCGACGCUUCUUGCAUACCGAGCAGUCCCGGAUGUUGAGACAUCCUCCACCAUCGACGGAGAGGUACGCGUAGCGGGCAGGGCUCUGCAUUACGUCAGCGGGUCGGGGCACGAACGAUCGCUCCUGUUCGCGGCCAUGCUCCUCGAUGCGGGGGCAGACGUUAAUGCGAGAUGCGAUCCCGAAAAUCUAGCUGGGACGACCGCGUUAGCGUGGGCUCUAGCCGCCGAUUAUGAGCUCGACGAGAACGACGAGCCGACGAUCUACUGCGAGGACCUCGACAGCGUGUUGACUAAACUUCACGUGGCUAGGAAACUCAUCAGACGCGGCGCGGACAUCGGUAUCGAUUCGGAACAUUCGAGGGCCGCGCUUUCUAGCACGGAGGAUUAUGUGGCGUGUGUGUUUGAUUUGAGCAUCCAGCGCUGGGGCGAGGUCGACGACGACGUGCGCCGGGCUCUUCUAGCGACCAUGCCUGAUUGCACGGAGGAACUCUCUGAGAUAUACUACUUCAUCGCCGACCGGCUUGAUGCCUCCUUAGCCGCUGCCCACGCCGCCAAAAUGGCUUCUCUCGAGAACAGCAUCCGAGAGGAUGAAAAUAAAAUUGAGGAGGCUCGCCGCAAGAUACGCGGCUAUCAGCUCCAGAUACGCCACAAAACGCUCGAAAUCGCGGUGAAUAAGGCGGCGAUCAUAGCUUUGACCCCCUUGAUGGUAAUUAUUGCCGCGGGGACGGUUGCGCGCAGGGUCGGCUGGGACCGCUGGGUCGACUUGGAGAACGAGUGGUUUUCUUUUGGUCGCUGUUGGUUUUGUUUCGUUUUCUUCUGCCUUGUCGUUGCUCAUGCGAUUGUUCGUGGCAUCGUGCUGCGCGAAAGAAAGAAGGCGUGA